ACAAAAUCUGAUUAAUUCUCAUGCUAUCAACACUGCAGAGAGGAAACAUCUGGCAUAUAUCUGUUAAUCGUGCUUUGUUAGAGCAAGAGACACAAGCUUCACAGGACACAGACUGUAAAAUCUGCUCAAGAUAAUUCUACUUUGUUUAUCUGUUGGAUCUGUUUGCUGGCAAAGUGCUGAGGAGAAACAUUUUUGUCUUCAGAUUCAGAGAUGAACCCUGUAUGAACCUGGCAGGCUGCUCCUAAUUUACCUCAAGCAUUGGACUGCACCUGAAAUCUCCACUCUCUGAUCCUCCAUCAUCACCCAUGUACAGCAGCAAAUACUCCCAGGUCUCCAAGUACAGCCCGGAGGCCCGAAAAAGGAUGCAGUACCGCUCGAAAGGGAAGAGCUGCGGCUACUAUAUGCGCAUCGUCUUCUUCUUCUCAUCACUCAUCCAGUCUCUGAUCAUAAUCAGCCUUGUGCUCUUUCUGAUCUAUGGGAAGAAACAGGACUCAGCGUCCACGUCCCGCAUCCACGACCUGGAGGAGAGUUUCAGCCGACUCUCCAUAGAGAACGUGGCACUGAGGCAUCAGAGGAAGAACCUGACCACCUUUCUCAACGCCACUGUGACUGAGAAGGCUCGCAGUGAAUGGGACCUGGCACGACUUCGAGACUACACCAACAUCUCAGUAGUUCUCAUCCAAGAUAUGGAAAAGCGGAUGCUACACUGCACCGGAGAGUUGAUGAUUUGCAAGUCACAAUCCCGUUUCGCUGUCCAGUGUCAACACACAACCCUCCCUGGUAUCUGUAACUGUGGGUUACUGAUGGAACAGAUGAGAGCCAGGCUUGAGCUUGUGCAGUCUAACUUCACUCAAACAGCACAAAGGAUGAAGAUGGAAAUGGACCAGAUUACCAAAGAGAGAGACAACUUAAACUUAGAGGCUAUCCAUCUGAGGAGAGACAAGUCCACACAUGAAAAGGUGGUGGAGGUCUUCAGAGAGAAGUGCAAAGAAGACUUUUCCCAAUCCUUAAGUGGGGUCUCCACCGUCUCCACAGCUUUCCUGGAGAAGAUUGACUCCCUCUUCCCAUCGCACAUCCCCUUCCAGCUUACCUGUCCCAAACAGAGAGAACACCUGGAGCAGAUCCGCACCAACUGUUCCAGCCUGUCCAGAGAGGUGGAGGACAGGUUCCAGCUUUACCUCAACAAAGUGGGAGAACAGGUUUCAAGUAUCCAGUCUGAGAGCAGUCGAAUGAAGGCAGAGAACUGGCGACUGACCGAAGACUACCGCUGGUGCAGCCAGAACCGCACAGGCCUGAUCCAACAGCACAAACGGAGCCAAGACCAGCUUCAGCUGAAACAUGAUCAGGACAAAGAGAAACUCCUGAUAGACAAGAUGACACUACAGGGAGAGGUUGAUCUCAUGGAAAAAAGUGUCAAAUACAAAGCUAAAGAGGUUGAGCACCUGGUAGACCAAAUCAAGCACCUCAACAUGACCUGCACGUCCAGGAUUGGGUUUGGUGGUGGACUCGGAGGUGGAUUUGGUGGAGGCCAGCAACCUCGAGGCUCAGCCGGAUUUGGAACAGGCCUGUUAGGUGGUGGAUCCAGCUCUUCCCAGUCAAGCUCUUCUAGUUUUGGCCAGGUUAAUAAGCCAGUGUCAGGGUUGAGUCCAAGCUCUGGGUCACCGUACAAUAGUAAGCCUAAUACUGCUAGUUCUUCUAGCUCAUUCCCUUCAAGGUCAAGUAGUUCUGGAUUUGGAUCCAACAAGCCGGCAUCAUCUGGGUAUGGCUCUGCCAGCUCAUCACUCUUGUCAUCUGGGUCAAGUAAUUCUGGAUAUGGAUCCAACAAGCCAGCAUCUAGUGGUGGGUUAUUUGGAUCGUCAGCGUCCAGUAGUUCCUCAGGGUCAGGAUCAAGUAAGCCAGCAUCUAGUGGUGGGUUAUUUGGAUCAUCAGCGUCCAGUAGUUCCUUAGGGUCAGGAUCAAGUAAGCCAGCAUCUAGUGGUGGGUUAUUUGGAUCAUCAGCGUCCAGUAGUUCCUUAGGGUCAGGAUCAAGUAAGCCAGCAUCAAGUGGUGGGUUAUUUGGAUCAUCAGCAUCCAGUAGUUCCUCAGGGUCAGGAUCAAGUAAGCCAGCAUCAAGUGGUGGGUUAUUUGGAUCAUCAGCGUCCAGUAGUUCCUUAGGGUCAGGAUCAAGUAAGCCAGCAUCAAGUGGUGGGUUAUUUGGAUCAGGCUCCAGUAGUUCCUUAGGGUCAGGAUCAAGUAAGCCAGCAUCAAGUGGUGGGUUAUUUGGAUCAGGCUCCAGCAGUUCCUUAGGGUCAGGAUCAAGUAAGCCAGCAUCAAGUGGUGGGUUAUUUGGAUCAACAGGGUCCAGCUCAAGUUCUAGCUCUAGCGGAAAAGGGUCUUCAACCUUAGGUUCAGCCUCCACAUCAAUUGUGAAAAGCCCCUCAGCCUCUGGAUCAUCUCCAGCAGGGUCUUCUGCGUCAUCUGGAACAGCAAGUAAAUCUGGCUCUAGCAUGGGUUGGUUUAACUCUUGGGGCAGCAGCAGUAGCUCAGGACAAAGUAAGACAGGGACUGGAACAGGGACUGGAACAGGGACUGGAACAGGGACUGGAACAGGGAAGGCAGCGCCAAGUGGAACUGGAUCAUUCGGAUCGGGGAACACCCGUGGAUUGGGAGGUGGCACAGCUGUCAGCGUUGCUCAGCACCUCAGAGAUCUGCAACGCCUCAUCAACCCUGCUGCCCCAGAGGAGAAGCAGGAUCUCAUCAGGAUGUUGGGUUAGUCAUCUCAAGGAGAAGAACGAAAUCAUCAAAGAGAAUUAUCUGUUGCAUCUAUAACACAAAGCUAAAUGCAAGCUCCUCAUAUCGAUCAACAUAUCUUAUAUCAUCAGAUGUAGCAUAUGUUAUUUACUGUGACAGUUUAUUAUCCGUAACACAAUUAGAAAAGUUAUUUGAAAUACUUAAGCACUUUUGAAUGUAAAAUGUGAACUUUGAGUUGAUGAUUUGUUUUUAACUGUACCUGGAUAUGCACAAGCAUUUUUUUUUUUACUUUGUACAUACAUAUAAAUAAAAGCUUUGUUUGAAUGUAAGCCCAUCAACUAUACCUGUCUGUUCUCAAUAAACAAAGCUAUUUAAGAUAUUA